AUGAUUCAUGAUGGAUCACCAAUCUUGCAGGCCUUAGUUGCCUCUCUUUUCACUUGGGGAGUUACAGCACUCGGUGCGGCUGUUGUUUUUUUUCUACCACCUCAUAGCAAAAAAUUACUCGAUGUAAGUUUGGGGUUUGCUGCUGGCGUUAUGACAGCAGCAUCGUUUUGGAGCCUGUUAGCUCCGGCAAUCGAAAUAUCUGAGCAUAGUUUACAUGCGUUAGCCUUUAUACCGGUAUCAAUUGGUUUUGCGUCUGGUGCGGCCUUCGUUCAUCUUGCAGAUCGAAUCAUGCCAUCAUGUGUUUUCUCGGAUAUGUCAGUUGUUGAACUGUUGGCUGAAGAUAGAUCAACCACUAAAAUCCAGUUCAUUGCUACAAGCGAUGGAAAAGAAAAAGCAGGUGAAGAGAAAUCGGUGUUGGAAGUCGACGAGGAAGAUCCAACUGUGAGGUAUGGGAAUGCGCCUCCUCAUUCAAGCACUGCACUGUCUUGGAGACGGAUUCUUCUUUUGAUUAUUGCCGUAACGGUGCAUAACAUACCAGAGGGUUUGGCUGUUGGUGUUGCUUUUGGAUCAAUUGGUAAAGCAACUAAAGCCACUUUUGAGUCGGCUUUUAAUUUAGCGCUGGGUAUUGGGUUACAAAACUUUCCGGAAGGCUUAGCAGUGUCGCUGCCACUUGCUGCUUUCGGUCAUCCCAAGUUGAAAUCUUUUUUAUAUGGGCAGCUCUCAGGCAUGGUAGAACCUGUAGCUGCUUUAUUGGGAGCGGCAGCGGUCAUUCUUAUGGAACCAGUUCUGCCCUACGCUCUUAGCUUCGCUGCAGGAGCAAUGAUUUAUGUUGUGGUUGACGACAUAAUCCCUGAGGCACAGAGGAACGGUAAUGGGAAAAUUGCGUCCAUCAGUGCCAUAGUCGGAUUUAUAAUUAUGAUGUCUUUGGACGUAGGUCUUGGAUGA